UUUACUUUACCAUCUGGGAAAGGUAAUUUGACAUGGAAGAAAAAAGCAGUAAUGCCAAACUUUUUUCAAACAUUGUAACCAGUUUUCCAGAGUAACAAAUUCAAUUUCGGGUGUUUAAAUAGUAACAAAUUUUACUUUACCGGUAGCAGUGAGAAUAGGUCUGAUAGUGUUAAGUUUAGAUCUAAGAUAGAUAUGAUAACGCCACGAUGUGAAGUUGGUGGUGGCUAAAAAUUUAUUAAGUAUGGCAAUGCUAUGGCCGAUAAUCCAGCCGUGAUGAUGAGCAAAAACCGACAUUCGUGGCUGGAGAGUCGGGCACAGCGCACACGAAAGUUCUUAUUUUCAGACGUCACUUUUAGUGAAUUCAUCAUUUCACAUUUCGUGAAGUCUUUGUUCAAUAUUUCGGGAAAAUGAGCAGCGAGAGGAGACUGCAUUUUGUUUUGAGUUUCAUCACCUACAAUCAACAGGAAGUUUACUUUUUGGUCCUUCCAUGGAGUUGGCCACAUCGCAUAAAGCGCAAUCAGCGGCAAAUUUUUUAGUGAAGCGGGGCCUUUUCAGCACAAAGCAGUAACGUUUGAGUAGCGAAGCGCGACUUAUUUAUGCAGCAAUCGAUAUAUGCGGAAAGUUCGAGCAGUGAUCCGGGGCUUUUUCAACAUAAAGCGAAGCGGAGCCUACUUGAGUGGAGCGUCAUAAGCAUCAAAAGGCCAAACAAAGGCAUCUAUUGGGUCAAACGACGAAGAUGCAAUAAGCCUAACAGAAAACGGCGGCAUAUUGGAAGUCGGCGAUUUGGGCGAAAACGCAAACGUGGCAGGUGGCUACAGAACGCGGAAUCCACGACACCAAUUACGUGGAACAAUAUGGCAGGAGUCGAACCCUUGCCCAAUGCCCUAAUCGAUGACAUCGAGGCGUAUAUACAACAACCACAUCAGCGGCGGAUGAGGCGAUCAUUUAAACGCCAUAUCGAGGCGUAAGGAUCACACGUACGGGCCUGGUGCCAAUAAGUCUCGCAGCGGGAAGUGAGGGGAGGGUGUAGGGACCCCAAAAUCUAAGGUUUUUGGAGACCUCCCAACACACAUAAACUCAUAUAAAAAUAUGUUUGAAUUUAAAUGAAAUCUUUGAAAUUUUAAAUAUAUAUAUAUGCACCGAGCGUAAAAAUUGCAACAUCAAAGGCUGCAUAAAGAAACAAUACGAACUGUUACAUCUUAGGCGACAAGAAACGACAAAUGGUCAGAGUUCCACGGAAGCUAUAAGAAGGCGGAAAGCUCUCAGCAGUGCUGUAGUUUCAAACUCUAGCAAGUUGCUGUAUAAAAUAUUGCCAACACAGUUGUAUGCCAAUGGUCAAGUCAUAAAUAGUUCUGGUCUCUUCGAUAAUAAUUCAGCAAUAUCAAUGAUUAACAUAGAGUUAGCUGAUAGACUCGGUCUUGAAGGACAGAAAGAUAAGUUUACGCUGCAAAGGUUGGGGGCACUACGGUUACGCAACAGUCCAGCAGGGUCGAUGUACUGUAUAUCUGGAGUCAGUCGUUUCAAUAGAAAGUUUUUAUUGCGGAUCGUCAGGACUGUAGCCAAUCUUCAACUCCCAGCACAAACUCCACAGCAGAAUCGCCACUUGUCGAUCAAUAGAUGGAGCUGUACCGGAAUUGUUAAUCGGGUAAGAUAAAGCACACUCAGGAAUUUUAAGAAAGACUAUGUAAGGACCCCAAAAUCCGAGGCUUUUGGAGACUUCACAAUACACAUAAGCUUAUCUAAAAAUACAUUUGAAUUUAAAUGAAAUCAAUUAUAGUA